AUGGCGGAGCCCCCGUCAUCGCCCCCACCGGCCGGAGCCAGCGCUGAAGAUCAGCUUUCUUGGUACAAGGCGCAAUACGAGCAGCUCGAGCUGGAAUUAGCCGACUUCCAGCAGUCCAGUAAAGAGUUGGAAGGGGAGCUGGAGAAGGACCUCGAAGCCGCCGACAAGCGGGAGCGCGGGCUGCAGGAGAAAGCAGAGACUCUCGGGUACGAGGUGGACGAGUGGAAGGCAAGUUUGGAAUCGUCACCGCCCUUUACCAAGUACAGGGAAGCCAAAGCAGAGGCAAACGCAGCUCAGAACACACUAGAGAAGGAGGUCACGUCACUGCGCGACACCAACCGGACUCUCCAACUGAAGCUACGCGACAUAGAGGUCGCCAACGACGAUUACGCCCGCCAGGCCCGAAACACCACCUCUUCACUCGAUGACCUCGAGUCCAAAUACAAUGUCGCCAUCGAGCGCGCCGUCCUGCUCGAGGAGGAGAUCAAGAUAGGCGAGCAAGAAAGAGAGACGCUACGCAUCGACUACCAGCGGCUCAAGGACGAGCUUUCGGACCUCAAGAUCGAGGCCGAGAUCCUGCAGGGCAAGGUCCAGAAGUACGAGGCCCGCCACCUAUCCUCCAUCUCGACCGACAUAUCCGUGCCCGAAUCGCCCACCUUCGAUCAUUCCCCGAGCUCGACGGCGAGCUCGCCUCUGAUAACGACGCCGCCCGACUCCAAGUCGGUGGCGACAGCCGAGACCGUCUCCGAGUUGCAAGACCCGCCCUCACCACCCAUGUCUGAGGCCUCGUCGACUCUGCCCAAGGUCAAGGCGCCUCUUCGGACCCCUGCCCCUUCGUCGCAAAAGAAGUCGCGCCUACCGUCUGCCGACAACAGCGUCACGCCGAAACCGCGUCAGCUCUUCACCUCCUCCACCUCCCGGCCUCCAGGCUCGCGGGUCGCCACGGCAUCCCACGCCCGUACCCCCGCCCCGCGGCCGACGGCGACCUCGACAAAGCGCGCUGCCUCGCACAAAAUUCCCAGCUCUACCUCACUAUCGCACAUUCGCUCGCUCACAGCACAGAUGCAGCGGCUCGAGGCCCGUGUACACUCGGUACGCUCCAAGCUUCCCGCACCCGUCACCACGCCGCCACGUGCCUCGCCCCGAACUGCCGGCGUCCCUGUUCCCUCGACGGUUACGAUCCGGUCGAGGAAGCGCACGAUGGGCAGCGCAACAUCGUCGGUUACCGGCACCGAAGAUGCGACCCCGACGGCCGGGAGGUCCAGUAUCGGCGGCGCUGGCAGCACAAACAACUUCUCGUCAAGCACCUCGUCAAACAGGAGCCACGUGCCACGACUGUCAACGUCUGGGGUAUCGCGCCUGUCGUUCGGGCCGCUACCAAACCGAAACCCCCUGGACCCAGAUGCCUCGCGACCCUCCUCUCGGGCGUCCGUCACCUCGUACCGUCCGGCUAGCAGAACGGAUGUACACGGCGCGUCGUCCAGGGACAUGCCGCCGCCGCGACCGAUCAGCCGGACGUCGAUGAGCGGGGCGAGGACGCCACUCGGGGUACGGCCGCGCAGCUCCAUGAGCGGCAGCAUGUCGGGCUACGGCGCCGAAGCCGAGGACGAGUUCGACCCUGCGCUUCGGACGCCUAGCAGGCGCGGAACGUACAGCAAGUUCGACGUCGACGGGUCGGCGGUCACGAGCGGGAUACCCAUGCCAUCGUCCACGCGGAGGCAGAGCGGCGGGCCACCGGCUGCUGGGAGGCGCUCCAGUGCCGCAAACAAGGUUCUAGAGGACUUGGGCGAGACUUACUGA